AUGUCAAAGGAAGAGUUAAUGUCACAUAGAUUCCUUUAUGGUGGUUUGUCGUGUAUGGCUGCUGCCUGUGUUACAAAUCCUAUAGAUGUAAUUAAAACAAGAUUACAAUUACAAGGUGAAUUGAUUGCAAAAGGAAAUAUAGCAUCAGCUGCUGCAGGUGGUGAAGCAACUGCUGCAAUGCAUUACAAAGGAUUUACAAGAGGAACCAUCCAAAUUAUCAAAGAUGAAGGAAUCAUAGCACUAUAUAAAGGAUUAUCACCAUCUCUCCUGAGAGAGGCAUCGUAUAGUACCAUUAGAAUGGGUGGAUAUGACUUGAUCAAAAAUAACUUUGUCGAUCAACAAACUGGCAACAUUACAUUGUUGUCAAAGAUCAUUAGUGGUGCUAUCUCUGGUAGUGUUGGUGCUUGUAUUGCCAACCCAUCGGAUUUGAUCAAAGUUAGAAUGCAAGCAAAGUCUGGGCAACACCGAUACACUUCAAUAUCGACUGCAUUCAUAUCGAUUGUCAGAGAGGAGGGUUGGCGUGGCCUAUACAAGGGAACUGUACCAACUACACAACGUGCUGCUCUCUUGACUGCUUCACAACUAUCUUCAUACGAUCAUAUUAAACAUACACUCAUCGAUGCUGGCUAUGCCAAGGAAGGUUUUUUGGCUCAUACCAUCAGUAGUAUAGGUGCUGGUUUGGUGGCUGCAACAUUCACAUCACCAGUUGAUUUGGUGAAAACACGUAUCAUGAACCAACCGGUUGACUCUAGGGGUGUUGGUACUCUCUACACUUCAACAUUGGAUUGUUUCACAAAGACCUUUAAAGCUGAAGGUCCAUUGGGUCUUUACAAAGGAUUCAUCCCUAAUUGGUUGAGAAUUGGUCCUCAUUCUCUUGUAACAUUUAUCGUAUAUGAACAAUUAAGAAAGAUUGGUGGUAUUAAUCCAAUCUAA